GGUAUCAUGAGACAGGACAGAGGGAGGAGGACAAUGGCGGCUGGUGGUGUCUCCCACCAAGCGUUACUGUGGGUCAGGCUGUUUGGCCUCAUCUUCCUGGUGACUUCCCUGAACCCAGAUGAUCCGAACGUGUGCAGCCACUGGGAGAGUUAUGCAGUGAGCAUCCAAGAAUCUUAUGCUCAUCCAUUCGACCAGGUCUACUAUACUCGCUGCACUGACAUUCUCAACUGGUUCAAAUGCACAAGACACAGGAUCAGCUACAAGACAGGCUACAGAAGAGGAGUGAGAACCAUGUAUCGGCGACGCUCUCAGUGCUGCCCGGGUUUCUAUGAAUUUGCAGACCUGUGUGUUCCUUUGUGUACUGAGGAGUGUGCCCACGGUCGCUGUGUCUCUCCUGAUACCUGUCAAUGUGAGCCUGGCUGGGGAGGACUGGACUGCUCCAACGCCUGUGAAAGUGACUUCUGGGGUCCUCACUGCAAUAAUCGCUGUCAGUGUCAGAAUGGCGCAAAAUGUAACCCGAUCACAGGAGCCUGCGUCUGCACAGAUGGCUAUCAGGGCUGGCGUUGUGAAGAACCCUGUGAACCUAACUUAUAUGGCAAAGACUGUCUGCUUGAGUGCCAAUGCCUAAAUGGUGCAAGAUGCCACCAUGAAAGCGGCGAGUGUCUCUGUGCACCUGGAUACACCGGGACCUUUUGCGAGGACCCUUGCCCAUCAGGAAAGCACGGCUCCCUGUGUGAGCAGCGCUGUCCCUGUCAGAAUGGUGGAAUGUGCCAUCAUGUGACUGGAGAGUGUUCCUGUACUGCCGGUUGGGUGGGUCCCGUGUGUGCGCAGCCAUGUCAAUUUGGCUCAUUCGGCAUCAACUGCUCCCAGGAGUGCACUUGUCGUAACGGAGGCUUGUGUGACCACAUCAGUGGCCAGUGCCAAUGCAUUGCUGGCUACAUUGGAGAAAGGUGCCAGGAUGAAUGUCCAGUUGGAACUUAUGGACCGCAAUGUGCUCUCAAAUGUGACUGCCAGAAUGGGGCAAAGUGCUACCACAUCAACGGGGGCUGUUUUUGCAAUGAGGGUUUCAAAGGUCCAAGCUGCCAGGACCGCUUCUGUCCAGCUGGAAUAUAUGGACUCCUCUGUGACAAGGACUGCCUCUGCAAAAUGGCAAACACUCUCAGCUGCCACCCUUUGUCAGGAGAUUGCACCUGUGCGGCAGGAUGGACAGGACUAUUCUGCAAUGAGACCUGUCCAGCAGGUUACUACGGUAAAGGUUGCAAAGAAUUGUGUGCCUGUGCUAAUGGAGCCGACUGUGAUGGCAUCACUGGAGUGUGCAUCUGUGCACCAGGAUAUAUAGGCGAGGACUGCUCAAUUAUCUGUCCUGCAGGCCUGUACGGAACCAAUUGCACAUCAUCAUGUUUCUGUCACAAUGAGAUAUCAUGCUCACAUGUCGAUGGCUCGUGCAUCUGCAGAGAAGGUUGGCAGGGGCUGGACUGCUCCAUCCCAUGCUCCAGUGGAAACUGGGGUCUAACCUGCAAUCAGACUUGUCAGUGUGCUAAUGAGGCAGCCUGUGACCCCCUUAAUGGAACCUGUUUGUGCUCUCCAGGCUGGAAGGAUGAAUUGUGUGACAUACCUUGCCAUGAGGGAUCGUAUGGUCUCAAUUGUAAAGAGAGAUGUGACUGUGGAAAUGCUGAUGGCUGUGAUCCAGUAACUGGCUCUUGUCGCUGUCUCGCAGGUUGGACAGGUAUCCAUUGCGACAGUGUGUGUGAUAAGGGAUAUUGGGGACCCAACUGUUCAUACAGCUGCACCUGUAUGAAUGGUGGCUCGUGCUCCCCAGAGGAUGGCACAUGUGUGUGUGCUCCUGGUUACCGUGGCACCAACUGCAGACGAAUUUGUUCAACUGGAAAAUAUGGUAAACACUGCGCUGAGACGUGUUCGUGCACAAACAAUGGCGCUUGUAAUCACAUUGAUGGCUCGUGUCAGUGCUACCCUGGAUGGAUUGACGAGGACUGCUCCAAAUCCUGCUCCCAGGGGUCGUGGGGGCCCAACUGCAUUCACACAUGUAACUGUCACAAUGAUGCCCAGUGUAGCCCCAUCGAUGGAGUGUGUGACUGCAGCCCUGGAUGGACAGGACUCUUCUGUAAUCAACGCUGCCCGACAGGUUUUUACGGCUCUCAGUGUGCUGAGGUUUGUCGCUGUCAGAAUGGGGCGGACUGUGAGCACAUCAGUGGGCAGUGUUGGUGCAGGACAGGCUUCAUUGGGGAGCACUGCGAUCUUAAGUGUCCUGCUGGGACGUUUGGAUAUGGCUGCCAGCAAUUUUGUGAAUGUAUGAACAAUGCAACAUGCGACUACGUGACAGGAACCUGCUAUUGUGGCAGUGGAUUCAAAGGCACCCGCUGUGACCAAGCAGCCCUAAUGAUGGAGGACCUGAACCCUUACACCAAGAUCAGCCCUGCUCUUGCAUCGGAGCGUCAGUCAGCGGGCGCCAUCCUAGGCAUCAUCUUCUUGCUGCUGCUAAUUAUGGCCAUGCUGGGUCUGGUGGUUUGGUUGCGCUCCCGACAGAGAGAGAAAGGCCACCAUAUUCCAAGUGUCACCUACACACCCGCCCUGCACAUCAACUCCACUGACUACUCUCUUUCUGCAGGGGUUCAGUGCACUGGCCUGUUCGCUUCUGCAGAAUCGUCACCUUGUAACAGCUCCAUAGGCCGCUGUUUCUCCAACCCGAGUUACCAAACGCUGGGACCCGACACAUAUGCCACCCACUACCCCAAACAGGACAAGGGGUACUCCACGAAGAUGAAAGCCAAACGACACAGGAACAGUGCUCCAGAAUGGGGAGCCUAUUGCAACCUCAAUGAGAUGGGUGUACACUGCAUUGACCGGCGUUACAGUUACCAAGUGGAGCCACGCCACAGAGAUUACAUGAAGAGUUCCAUGUCCAGCACCUGUUCACUCAACAGCGAAAACCCGUACGCCACAAUCAAUGACCCACCUGCUUUGGCGUGCAAACACUCAGAGAGCAGCUAUGUGGAGAUGAAAUCACCAGCCCACAGUGAACACAUCACACACUGCUGUGCUGCGAACAUCAUAAACAUCUCCAGUACCACAGUGCCUGCCAAGAAUGUCUACAACAUGGAGCCCACUAUCAGUGUCAUCCCAGGAGCUGGAGGUGUGGUGGUGCCCAGUUACCCACAGAACCCUUAUGACCUGCCUCGGAACAGCCACAUUCCCAGCCACUAUGACCUGCUACCCGUCCGGCCCAGCUCGUCGGUCAGUCCUCCUCAUCCUGGAAGCUCCACUGGCUCACUGCUCGAAAACACCUCCCACACUGGAAACCCACCCGGCCUGUCUGCCCCUCUGUGAACUGGAGUGAAUCCAGUGUGAAAUCAUUCAUAAAGUUUUUGGUGUUGUCAGAAAGUGGAGUAAGAAAUCUACAGGACAACAGAUGUGAGAUGCAGUGUCCAUGACAUCACACUGCUAUUUGAUAAUUUAUCAUGUUUCAACAUUGGUGUAAAGCACGUGUUUUCAUUGUCUCCCCACCACCCUCCAAAAAAAAAAAAAAACUCAGUAGAGGAAAUAGGCAUAGGCAUGUACAGUCUUAGACCUUUUUGUGGUAUGUUUUUCAUAUACAUUCACUAGUGGAAUAGAUCUGGGCACACGCACAAGCGAGCACACGCAUACAUUCAUUCACUAAAUUUGUGUUAGAAAGUUAGCCUGAUUCAGUUUGUACAUUACUCAACUCUGAGAGGACACUGAAACGGGGACACGCGCGCGCGCGCACACACACCCCAGAAAGCAAGCAGCAUCAAUCCACUAUUUUUCAAUCCAGUUUAGAUUCUUCUUUUUGUAUGUACUGUAGAAAGUGUCUUAGCUGUAAACUUGACUUAACUUGUAA